UAUCAUACUGAAAUUGAAUUGAGGAGAAGACAUGACGACGAGGAGCAGUACAACGAAGAAAAUGGCGAACAGAGAACGGGUAGAUGACGAUGAUGAUUUCGUUGACAAGAUUCCAAUAAUAAAGACCAUAAAUUUAGUGAAGACAACCUCAGGGCGAGUGUACAAAAGGUUGUGUGAUGAAGAGGUUUUGGUCCGGAAAGCAGAGCUUAAGGAAAGUGUUCAAUGGACAGAGAUGGCUGCUACGACAGCGGAGAAAGGGAAAGAAAAGAUUGCAAUGUUAUUCUCUAAGGGAGAUGCAAGUAAAGCUAAGUUUAACGAUGGUGGAGGAGAGCACAUUGAUGAAGGGUAUGGGGCUGGUCGUAGAAAACUUAAAGGAAAGUUACAUUGGGGAAAUGUGGACUCUACAAACGAGGAGGAGAUAAAUGGGCAGCCGAAGGAGAAGGGAAAGGUUGUGAUCCGCAAGAAGACAAAAGGGCAAAAGACGGAUAAGAAAUCAGACGGGUCACGCGGAGGUGCUUCAAGAGGUGCACCACAAGGGAGGCAAAGUGGUUUGGGAGAAGGUCGGGAGAAUGAACCGUCAUUGCGAGAUAUAAUGAUGGCAAUAGUGGUUAUGGAAAAGAGAAACAUGAAGAUGCGCACAGAAGUUACGAAGCUGCAGAUAGCUUUAAAUGCCCAGAGCCGUGUCCUUAAUAGGUUUAUAUCAAUGAACAGGAUGGGUAAGCGUUGGCGUAAGGGCAAAAAACGCACAACAGAAGAUAAUGCGAUGCCAAGCUUUGAUUUAGGGUUUGUGUUAGGCGUGUCGUAGCACCUACAAAUUAAUUUAUUCUUUUCCUUUACUUAGUUCCUUCUUGUAAAAAUAGUAUUUAUUAAAUCUAUAGAUAGGAU